AUGGAGAAUCCUGCCAAAUAUCUCUCUUCGGCGCAGGGGAUUGAUUCAGUGCCGGCACCCAUGGAAGAGAUUAUGUGGAACAGUACUGGAACGGAGGCAACAAACGACGGGGGGAAGGAUAUGGUGGUGCGUACUGUGACGGGUUGUCUCCUAUUCCUGCUCAUCCUAUGGACCCUGCUGGGAAACAUCCUGGUGUGCUCUGCAGUGCUGCGCUUUCGGCACUUGCGGACAAAAGUCACCAACAUCUUCAUCGUGUCCCUGGCUCUGUCGGAUUUAUUCGUCGCUGUCCUGGUGAUGCCCUGGAAAGCCGUGGCAGAGGUGGCGGGCUACUGGCCGUUUGGCACUUUUUGCAACGUCUGGGUGGCUUUUGAUAUCAUGUGCUCCACCGCCUCCAUCCUCAACCUCUGCAUCAUCAGCGUUGAUAGAUACUGGGCAAUCUCCAGCCCCUUCCGCUACGAGAGAAAAAUGACCCAGCGAGUGGCCUUUGUUAUGAUCAGCAUCACUUGGACGUUGUCAGUGCUCAUUUCAUUCAUACCGGUUCAGCUGAACUGGCACAAAGCCACCGAUGAUGAUGUGGCCGGGGCGCACAACUCUUCCACGAGUCGGCAGGUGGAGGAGAACUGCGACUCCAGCCUGAGCCGAGAGUACGCUAUUUCCUCCUCGUUGAUUAGUUUCUACAUUCCCGUAGCAAUCAUGAUUGUAACAUACACCAGAAUCUAUCGAAUAGCACAAAUACAAAUCAGAAGAAUAGCCUCGCUGGAGAGAGCAGCCGAGCACGCGCAAAGUUGCAGGACCAACAGAAUAGAGUGCCAACACCACAACACGCUGAAAACGUCGAUAAAGCGGGAGACCAAAGUGUUCAAAACCCUGUCGGUGAUUAUGGGCGUGUUUGUUUGCUGCUGGUUACCUUUCUUCAUCCUGAACUGCAUGGUUCCGUUCUGCGACAGGCCGGCCACGGACCGUGACGCGGGUCUGCCGUGCGUGAGCGAGACCACGUUCGACGUGUUCGUGUGGUUCGGCUGGACCAACUCCUCACUGAAUCCCAUCAUCUACGCCUUCAACGCCGAGUUUAGGAAGGCAUUCGCCAGUCUGCUGGGCUGUCGCAAUUUCUGCUCCAACACACCUGUGGAAACUGUGAACAUCAGCAACGAGCUGGUCUCAUAUAACCAAGACACCCUCAUCCACAAGGAAAUCGUGAACGCUUAUGUCAACAUGAUCCCCAACGUGGUUGAAUGUAUUGAGCACGAGGAGACUUUUGACCGGAUUUCACAGUUUUCCCACAACAACGACAACGUCACCGACUCCGUGUGUGACCUGGAGGACUGUGAGGCAGACAUCAGUCUGGAUAGGAUGUCUCCGUUCACACCUAACGGAUUACACUGA